UUCGGGAACUCUCUUGAACCCACACUCUCUCCGUAUCCUCUCUCUCUGCUUUUCCUUGAACCUCACCCGUGGCUCAAAAUCCUUUUUCUUCCAUUUCUAGUAUAUCUCUUCACUCAGUGGCGAGUAUACCGCCUGGCACGUGCCUGGGCUGCCCUUUUAUUUAUUUAUUUAUUUUUUAUUUUUAUUUUUUUUAAAAUGAAAACAAAAACACAAAACGAAGGAAGAGUAGUAUUUGCUUUCUCUUUCUCGAUCCCUCUCUCUCAAAAUCGCUGCUCUCAAUUCCUCUCUCACCCGCCGGCCGCCGCUCUCAAUCCCUCUCUCACUGCUCUCAGUCUCUCUCCCUCACCUCGCCGUUCAAUCUUCCGCCGCAGCCGCACCACUGCUCAGCUCACCGCGCCGCUCUCACUCUUUCUCUUCGUCUCGUUUGAGGUUUUGGCCUUCUCUCUAGGAAUGGGUCUUCUCAGCAUCAUUCGGAAAAUCAAAAAGAAGGAGAAGGAAAUGCGAAUUCUUAUGGUUGGGUUGGACAAUUCUGGGAAAACUACAAUUGUUUUAAAGAUUAAUGGGGAGGACACUAGUGUCAUAAGUCCUACCCUUGGCUUCAACAUCAAAACCAUCACCUACCAGAAGUACACUCUAAAUAUAUGGGAUGUUGGGGGCCAAAAAACAAUCCGAUCUUACUGGCGAAACUACUUUGAGCAAACAGAUGGUUUGGUUUGGGUGGUUGACAGUUCGGAUCUUAGAAGGUUGGAUGAUUGCAAAAUGGAGCUAGAUAACCUUCUAAAGGAAGAGAGACUAUCUGGAUCAUCCUUACUAAUAUUAGCAAAUAAACAAGAUAUUAAAGGUGCCCUUGCACCCGCAGAAAUAGCUAAGGUGUUGAACUUGGAAGCUAUGGAUAAAUCUCGGCACUGGAUGAUAGUUGGAUGUAGUGCAUAUACUGGCGAGGGUCUGCUUGAGGGAUUUGAUUGGUUGGUCCAGGACAUAGCCUCUAGAAUCUACAUGCUCGACUAAUUAUUGUCACGCCGAUAUUCAAAGCUGAAACAUAGAAGAGCAUUCUUAACCUCGAUAUGCUAUCAUUGGAAGACAUCGACCCUGCAUCUGUAAGAUGUUCUGUAUGGAAUUUUUACCUCCUCUUUUCUAUAUUCAGUCAUUUAAUCUACUCUGUAUUAAAUCUUGUUUAUUGUACGGUUUUAUAUGAAUAUGAAGUUGGGGAGUAGAAUACUCCCUCUAUGAAGUUGUUCAAUCUUACCUCAAAAUUAAUACUAUGUAUGUGUACUAUUCUCAAGGUUACUAUACUUCACUAUACAUUCAUGAUAAUAGUUAACAAUCAAUGGUUAAAAAAGAUAAUUUUGUAUAA